AUGGGAUUACGUCUUGCUUGUACAAGGCCUUCUCACCGGGCAACGACAUCGUCUGUGUCAACAAGCAUCAACUUGAAGAGCAGGAUCGGUGGAAAUGCUCACACACUCUUCCAACAACGGGCUGCCGUUUAUCGUAGCUCUGCAUGCACACCACUGAAACGCGCUUUUAUCAAUAUAGCGUGCCGCAUCGCUGUGAGAGAGGCGAUUCAGCGAUACAAAGACACUCGACCGAAGGAAGUAGCAGACCCACGUGAGGCUAAGCCUGCACUUGACCGUCCUGCAACGAGAUGGGGUAAGCCACCAAAGAAACUCCAGGAACUACUGACCAACACCGGUCCCAAACCGCUCAAGAUCGUCAAAAAUGGAGAGAAGCGGGUGCACGUCGCUGAAGAUUAUCGGCCGACGGAGAGCGUCCAAGUAUCCAAGUAUUAA